AUGCAAUCAGAUAUCCCAACUUCAUCAGAUCUUAACCUACCCUGGAAAGACCAAAACCGUGUUAAAGAUACCUCACUCACUAACAGCACAUUAACCAAAUCUCCUGUAGCUUGUCGAGUAUCAAAUCAAAAGGCUCCAGCAGCAAAGUCCAUUACUUUGCACACGUUUAAUCAACAACGCCAACAACAAUUUGUCGUGAGUAGAUCGAUUCCAGGUGAUAAGUUUGAACAAAUAGAAGAAAAAUUGUUUCAUCUAGAUACAUUCUGUAUACAAGAUGUCAAAUGCAGUUUUAAUUCCAAAUAUCUAUCUGGAUCCAUGGAAGGAAAGGGGUGGAAAGAGGAGAGGAGACGUGUGAGGAAAGUGCUGGUCCACAAGUUUCUAUUAGAUACUGCUACUAGAGGGUCUGGGACACAACAACUUCCUCGUAAGCUCAAGGACAAGAACUACGCUGCUACUGAAUAA